UAAAUUUUGACAUUAAAAUGCCGCUUUUUUACUUGUUUACAUUUAUAUUUAAAUUGUUCCGCUAAAAAUCUAUAAUUUAAUGUUAUUUUAUAGUUAAUUGAUUGUUUAAAGUAUAAAAACUAUUCAAAAUGAGUUUAAGUGAUAGUGUAUUUAAUAAUUUACGCCAAAAGUUGGAUGUUAUGGGCUAUCGACAGUCAUUGCCCUUGGCCGCUAUACCACUUGUUGGAACCUUAUUUGAAGAUUUUAUUAAAACUACCGAAAGUUUAAGAGAUUCGAAAAAGCAAAUUAUGGAAUUAUUAGAGGAAAAAUCAUGUUGGGAAUUGGGUGUCGAACCGUACAAGUGUGAUAAUUCACGUCUACUACAAGAAUGCAAUCAAUUGCAUACACAAAUCCUAAAACAACAAGAAGAAUAUGAGGAAAAAAUACAAGAACUAAAUAUUAAAAUUCGAGAUCUACAAACCGAUAAAUUACAUUUACAACAACAGUGUGAACAGUUGCAACAACAAUUAAAGCAAAUACAAACUAAAACUGGCAGUACAAAUAUGAAAAAUGGCAAGGAAACGAAAUCCAAGAAACCUUUUAUUACCACCGUACGCUCAGGCCAUGAAUUGCCCGCUUUGCAGCCUUUACAGGAUCAUAAUAGUAAUUUGAAAUGUACAAAGUGUAAUAUGGGUUAUUAUCAACGCAUUGAGACCGGUGGCGGUUUAACAACUAAAGCUGCAGAUAGAAAUUUAGAACAAUUAGAAAAUACCAAUAAAGAUUUAAUGGAUCACAUAAAAUUUUAUCAGAAAAAGAUAGAAGCCCGCGAUCGUGAAAUCUUACGUCUUAAUGAUUUGCUGGCCGGAGGACGUCCUCCUGCUGCCUUGGCUCGUGAUUGUUGCUAUAAAAACUUUAACACUCUCAAUGAAGAUAUUGAUUUAUUGCAGCGCGAAAAAAUGGAUAGUCUUACGCGAAUGCGUGAAUAUCAGGAACAAAUGCACGAGGCCAUGCAAAGGGCUUUGGAUUUAGAGAAAUCAAAUCGUUCUUUACAAAAACAAUUGGAAGAAUUAAAAGAUGCCGCUUUAAUGGUGGAAACACAAGCGAAUAACGAAAUUGCUUUAAGGGAGGCCGAAGUGGAAAUGCUUAAAAGGCAGUUGAAGGAAAUGAUGACAAAAGAGAAGAGUGGUCUGGAUAAACAGAAAGUCGAGUUGAAGAAGGGAAAGUCUGGGGCAGUGACCACAAUAGACAAACAUAAAAUUAAUGAGAAAAUUAAUGAAUUAACACAAAAAGAAUCUGAACUCAAGCAAGAAAAUGAUCACUUACAGCGUAAAGUUUCAAAAUUAAAAACGAAACUGCAAUACUUGCAAAAAGAAAUCAAAGAAAUCGAAUCUCAACAUGCCCAACAUUUAGAUGAAGAAAAAAUACGCCUCAAAUCGGAACGUGAUUUCUUUCAAAAAGAAUAUCUACGCCUACUUAGCAAGGCGGGUUCAGACAAAGAAAUUGAAUUUCUUCAAAACCAAAUUAAGUCUAAAGACGAAGAACUGCGCGUUUUACGUUCCGAGUUAUGUAUAAGACAAAGUAAUGCUCUUGUGCCCUGCCUUAAAGAUAACCAAAAUCUUGCCUCCUCCUUACCCUCCACAGCACGUUCUACUGCCUCUAGUUCUAGCAGUGAUUGUGUUCAGGCUGUGGUCUUGAGAGUGGAAAGAGAACGUGAUUGUGCUAGAGCUGAAGUGGAACGUGUUAAAUGUGAAAGGGAUACAUUAAGGGAGAAGCUAUUGUGUACCACUAAAAUGCAUGAUGAGCAAAUGCAUUGUACACAACAGCGUUAUGAGGGACUUAGUGAACGUUUGCGGCAAUUAGAAAGAGAAAAUAGGGAAUUACAAUCAGCACGUAUGCCAUCGGAGUCACAAAUAAUGAUGUUGAAAGAUGAGCUGGAGUGCUAUAAACAACAGCAGUUCCAAUUGAGGGAGGAGAAUAAUAAGCUACAAACGACCUACAAUCAGUUGAAAAUGCUACACGAACAGACCGAACGCUGUUUAUCGGAUUAUCAAAAUAAACUUUUAUUAGCUGAACGCCAAAUAGAAUCCUCAAAUAUGCGUUUAAAUACUUUAGAUACCAAUCGUGAGUCUUCCCAGCAGGAGGUGAUCAGAUUACGCAGUGAAGUAGCAGCUUUAAAGCAGACUUAUGUUUCUUUGGAAAAUGAAAAGGAUAAAAUUUUGACUCAAUUAGAUUCGAAGACAGAGAAGGUUUAUCAAUUGGAAUAUGAACUGAAAGCCUGCAAAGAAAAACGUAAUAUGUUAGAGAAACAGGUUGGUGAAUUGGAAGAGCAAUUAGGUAAACUUAAAUAUCAAACACGUGAACGUGAUUCUGAACUACACGAGACCUCUACGGAAAGCAAAAGUUUAAAACAACAACUUACCGCCUUAAAAACCAGUCGAGAUCAGGCCAUACAAGAAAAUGUACGUCUGACCAAUGACUUGGCCGAUAGCCAGGCUGAAGUUGUUAUUUUGAAAAAACAACUUAAAGAUUCUGAAAAGGAAAUUGAACGUUUGAAACAACAGCUGAGAAAAUAUGUGGAGGAAGUGAAAAAAGCGGAGGAUUUAUUAAUGCAAAAGGAAAAAGAACGUGAUGAAAUGUUGGAUCAUUAUAGAAGUUUGUCGCAUGAUGCUGUUAUGCUGGAGGGUAAUAAUCAGAGUUUGGAAAAUGAAGCUGCGGAAUAUAAACGACAAGUGGUAGAAUUGGAAACUGAUAUAGUUUCCCUUAAAAAAGAACUAUGCUGCCGUAAUAAUUUAAUCUCAGAAUUGGAAGAUAAAAUUGCCACACUUACUGCCAAGGCCACAUGUUUGGAACAUAAACUGGAGGAAAGUUUAGAUGAACAACAUCUAUUAAAAACUGAUUUGACAGCACGAAAAGAAUUAUGCAAUAAAUUAGAUAUAGAAAAGGAUAAAUUAAAUGCAGAAUUAUAUGAAUUAAAUGACAUAAAGAGAAAGUUGGAAUCCGAAAAUGAAAAACUACGUAUGGAAAUUGAUAAAACGGAAAAGGGAAAACUGAUUUCAGCCGAAACCUUAGAAGAGCUAUUAGCCAAGACUCGCCGUGAUUUGGAAGAACAAAUCAAAGUUGAUAGUAAAUUAAGUCAAGAACUAGUGCGUUUAAGACAAACCAAUGAGGAACUACUGAAUGAUUUAGCUCAAGAGAAACAAAAACGUGAACAACAUCAAAUACUCGCCCACGAAUAUCAAGUACAAAAUCAAGAGCUGCGUCACAAUCUUACCGAUGAUCGUUUUCGUCAGGCUCGUUCACGCGAACAAAGUCCACGUUUUCCCACACAAACUUUAUAGUUGUCUUUCUCUUUAAUAUUUUUUUCUAAUUUUAUUUAUUUUCUUUUAUUUUUAUUAAGAAAACAUUCCUUUU